ACUCCCGAACUAAACAUGGCGGAUACCGAUUAUGAUUAUCUGUUAAAGUUUUUGGCUCUCGGUGAUUCAGGCGUCGGGAAAACUAGCCUUUUAUUUCAAUACACGGAUGGAUCAUUUAAUCCUAAGUUUAUAUCCACUGUAGGGAUAGACUUUCGCGAAAAGAGAGUGAUACAUCAUCCUUUGGGCGCAGAUGGAGUCACCCGUUCAACAAGAGGUCAGAGGGUGCAUCUUCAACUUUGGGAUACUGCUGGACAGGAAAGAUUUAGGAGUUUAACUACAGCUUUCUUUCGAGAUGCCAUGGGAUUUCUUCUAGUCUUUGACCUGACACAUGAACAGUCAUUCUUGAAUAUUAGGAACUGGUUAAGCCAAUUACAAACCCAUGCUUACUGUGAAAACCCUGAUAUAGUUUUAAUUGGUAAUAAAGCAGACUUGGAGGAUCAAAAACAAGUUGAUGAAAAUGAAGCCAGGACACUGGCAGAGAAUCUGGGUCUGAAAUACUUUGAGACUAGUGCAUUUAAUGGACAAAAUGUGAGCAAAUCAGUAGAGGCCUUGCUUGACCAGGUUAUGGCAAGAAUGGAAAAUUGUGUGGACAAAGCCACAUUACCUAAUGGUGUUUUCAACAACAAUCCUAACAGAGGUACAAAACUAAGAGAAGUUGAUGAAGCAAAUGAUGAACCGCAAGCAGGUUGUUCAUGCUGAACAAGGCAGAUAACAAUCAUUAUAAUUAUAACUUCUCAAAUGUCUUUUUAGAGUGCAUAUGAAAAUAUUUUCUUUUGAAAUGGUUAUGUACUAUCAUAAAGGGAAUCUCUAAUCUUAAAGCAAAUAUCACAAAAAAGUCUUUAAAUGUAUCAAACACAAGAUAUUUGGUACUUAAAAUUAUUCCUCUAACGUUGUUUAUUUUUUUUGGCCUUCAAAACUGGCCUUCAUAGCAACUC